ACAAGAAAAUAUGGGCAGUGCUUUGUAUAUGCUGACAAUGAGGUCAACCAUGGUGGUGCUGCUGCUGAUCUUUCUUGCUGUAACCGAGUUCCGGCCAGCCAUUGCCAUCGCAAUCGUGCAAAUACGACAGAUCGCAGCUAAGAAUAACGUUAGUGGCGUGUUUGUGUUUGGCGAUUCGAGUGUCGAUCCAGGGAACAACAACCAUCUCGCUACAACCGAUAAGAGUAAUUUCCCACCUUACGGAAUGGACUUCUUCGACGGUCAACCCACCGGCAGGUUUAGUAAUGGAAGACUUGCCACUGAUUUCAUAGCUGAGGCACUGGGCUAUAUGAAAGCAAUUCAACCAUAUCUCGAAUCAGGAAUGCCAAGGGCCAUCAAUCUUUCUCAUGGAGUUAGUUUUGCUUCUGCUGGUUCUGGCUACGAUAAUUUCACUGCUCAAGUUUCGAAUGUGUUGUCGUUGUCACACCAACUGAAGUAUUUUGCGCAUUACAAGCUGCACCUUGGCCAAAAGAUAGGAGUAAAAGAGGCUGAUGAAUCCAUCCGCAAUGCAGUGUUUGUAUUGAGCAUGGGAACCAACGAUUUUCUACAGAACUACUACGUUGAGCCCACUCGAAGUGCCCAAUACACCGUGGAACAAUACGGAGAUUAUUUGAUCUCUCUCCUUUUUGGUUACGUCAAGAAAAUGCAUUCCCUAGGAGCAAGAAGAUUGGUGGUUGUUGGGGUUGUGCCUUUCGGAUGCAUGCCUUUGGUCAAAACAUUGAAGGAUACAACCAAAUGCGACGACGAUUACAACAACGUGGCUCUUUCAUUCAAUCGAAAGAUCAAAAAGGCAUUGGUUACAAUGAGAAUAUCAUUGAGGAUGAAAACCGUGUAUGCUGAUGCUUAUAGUGUCAUCCAAAGGGCAAUCCAGAACCCUAAAAGAUACGGGUUUGUUGAGACUUCAAAGGGGUGCUGCGGAACAGGAACAUAUGAAUAUGGUAUUACUUGUAAAGGGUUGGAUACAUGUGUCGAUCGAGAGAAAUAUUUAUUCUGGGAUGCAGUUCAUCCAACGAAUAGAAUGUAUAAGAUCAUUGCAGAUGAGGCUUUAAGUUCAAUUAUGACUGAUCUAUUUUAAUGAUUCUACAGAUAUAUUAUAAGUUAUAUGAGUAUGGAACUUUGUUACUAUUCUUUUAUGUUAGUGUGCAAAUAUUAACGUACCAUGUUCGAAUGAUCUAA